GGGCUGGCUGGUCUAAGCUGACCCCUCCCCGAUGAGGGGCGGGACCCCAGGAGGGGAGAUAGAGCAGUUCCACAGAACAACAGACUUUGGAGAAACACCAUGGCAGGAACCAGUCUAGGGGCACGCUUCUACCGGCAGAUAAAAAGACACCCUGGGCUCAUCCCGAUGAUCGGCUUCAUCGGCUUGGGCUUGGGCAGUGCCGCGCUCUACUUGCUGCGACUCGCCCUGCGCAGCCCGGAUGUCUGCUGGGAUCGAAAGAACAACCCAGAACCCUGGAACCGCUUGAGUCCCAAUGACCAAUACAAGUUCCUUGCAGUUUCCACUGACUAUAAGAAGCUGAAGAAGGACCGGCCAGACUUCUAAGCCAGGCCCCCAGGGCGUCAAUCUAGCAAGCUGUCCAGCUUCUGCUUACACAGGCCUGAUUCCCACGAAGAGGGGAGGCAGCUCCACCCCCACCCUCCUCCCUUUUUCCCAGUAGCGGAAGAGCCUCUGACCCCCUGCUGUAGUCCCAUGUGGGGGAGGGUAGUCAAAACUAUAGUCAGCAGCUGGGGUUGACCCAGAAGGACCAAACCACCCCCUCUGCCCUCCUAUACCCAUGCCUAAUAGGGUGUGGCACAGGCUACGUGUUGAGCGUGUCUGACGUGUGCCAACAGCAAGCAGAGGCCUCUUAGUGCCAAGGGACGUGGCAGGCCCCACGUUAGAGCAGGCUUUGAGCAAGGCUCAUGUGUGGUGGCUGCUCAGGCUCGACUGGGCUCAUCCUAGCAGCCCAGUCUGCUCAGGAUGGGGCACCUCUGCCAUGCGGUGUACUCCUUUCCUGCCCAAGCCUGCUUCCUCCCAUCAACAGCACCCCUCCCACCUCACACCUGGGCCUGUGUUGUUCCCCAGCCCUCCCUUCCCUUGCUUCCCUGUCCCCGGGGAUCAAACAGAAGCAGCCGUGGGCAAAAUACAAUUUCAUUUAACAAA